AUGGAUUGGGAAAAGUGUAUCAUUUGUCAGAAAAGUAAAGGCGAACCCCUACAAUGUCCGGCAGUUUCUAAAAGAAAGGAUGCAGGUGCAGGAUACAUUUCAUUCGCUAAAAAUCUUGUGGAAUUCCAAAAGCAUGGAAUCAUUCCUACUUUUUUAAAGAUUAGUUGCUUAGACGAAGGACAGGGGAUAACGCAGACUCUGUCAGAUAGAAAGGCUUCUUGGCACAAGUCCUGUAGAGACCUUUUUAGCAAUACUAAACUAGAGCGUGUAAAGAAGAGAAAACUGGAUGAAAUAGAGGAUACAGAAAGAGACGAAAAGGACGAGAAAACAUCAGCAGAAGAAAGCUCACAUCUCAGCCCUGUUAAAAGUCGGAGAUCUAGCCACCCGAAGUGUUUAUCAGAAAACCAUUGCUUCUUUUGUGAUGAAACAGAUAACCUUAGAAAUCUCCACGCUGCGUCUACAUUUGAAGUUGAUCAGAAAGUAAGAAAAUGUGCGGAGGCACUAAAAGACAGCAAACUUCUUGCCAAGCUUUCUGCUGGUGAUAUGAUAGCUAUCGAAGCAAAGUACCACGCCAAGUGCUUGGUUGGUUUGUAUAAUCGAGCGAGGAUGUUGAUGUUCACGGCAACAAAUGACACAACUACUCCUGCCCUUAACCUUGAUGAAUUAGCGUUUGCAGAAUUAAUUGCCCAUAUAGAUGAAACACUUCAUGUAGAAGAACCAGCAGUGCUUAUACUUUCUGAACUUGUUAAGUAUUUUUCCUCUAAGCUACAGGAAGUUGGUCUUGGGUGUGAGAAAGUCAAUGCCACUCGACUAAAGGAAAGAAUUCUAUCUGCCUAUCCAGAUCUAACUGCUCACACAGAAGGAAGAGACAUCCUUCUCGUCCCACAAAAUGAAAUCGGUGGUGUCUUAAAGGAGGCAAAGAACGAUUCUGAUGCACAACAUCUUGCAAGAGCGGCAACCAUCAUACAGCGGGACAUUCUGCAAAUGAAAAAUUCCUUCAAUGGUACAUUUCCUCAAGAAUGUCAGAAAGAUUCUAUCCCUGCAUCGCUCAAAACUCUGAUCAGUAUGAUCGUCAAAGGUUCAAACGUCAAUGCAGACCCAGCUGAAAGUCAGGUUUGUCUUACCAUUGCCCAGCUUAUUGUCUUCAAUAGUAUUUCCCGUUAUCGUAAUAGCCCUCAUUCAACUGGCAGUACACAUCACAUCAGAUCCAGGGAGUGCCCCCUGCUAAUUCACGGAACAACUAGGGACAAGUCCCUGGUAGAUACAUUCUACAAGUUAGGGAUGUGUAUUUCAUAUGACAGGCUCCUUUCCAUAUCAACAGACAUAACGAACACUGUUUUAGAAAGAUAUGAGAGAGAACAGGUCGUUUGUCCAAGUAAAUUGAGAAAGGGUCUAUUCACUACAGGAGCGGUUGAUAACAUAGACCAUAACCCAAGCUCCACAACUUGUAAGGACUCUUUCCAUGGAACGGCAAUUUCUCUAGUACAGCAUCCAACCACUGUGAGUCCUGGAAACGACAGAGCAAUUGAUACAUUUGAUCCAACAGUUAAAAGUUCUGCGUCCAAAAAAAUUGCACAACUACCUUUAAACUACAGUGAGGUGCCACCACUUACACUGGCGACAGGUGAGCUUUAUGCUCCAAAGAACAGAGGACAGUUGAUAUCUUAUUCUCAACAAUUUCCAAACGAUGAAACAAAUGAAGAGCAAGACUGGCUCGAAAAUGCCAAGAAACUGUUAUCAACGGAAGAACUUCAGAAAAAUGACAAUGUUUCUUGGGCUGCGUAUCGAGCAACACAGACAUCGUUGUCCAGUCAUGAGCCUGCCAUAAUUUCGCUUUUGCCAAUGUUUACAGAAAAUGCUCAUUCGUUGGCUAUGAUAGCGCAUUCUAUGAGAGUAAUUAGAGCUGCUGUCGCGCAUGUUAAUCCCUCUCAAACUCCAGUUAUUGCUGUGGACCAGCCGUUGUUUGCCUUGGCCAAGGAAAUUCAGUGGAGGCUUGGUGGUGUGUAUGACGAAGAUCGCUUUGUUUUUAUGCUUGGCGGGCUUCACGUGGAAAUGGCGUCCUGGAAAAUGCUCGGCAAGUGGCUCACUGGCACUGGAUGGGCAGAAACAGUUUGCAGUGCUGGAGUGGUGACACAAGGUGUGGCUGAAUCUUUGCUUACUGCAAGCCAUCUUAGUCGAACACGGCGGGCGCACCAAGUCACUAUGAUAUGUCUGUAUAUCCUCAUGUGUAGAGCAUACCAGGAGUACGCUUCUGGGACUGGCGAAAAUGAAGCAGUCAAAACCUUUCAUGAAUGGAAAGAGGACAAGUCAACCAGAUGUCCACAGUUUCUAUAUUGGUCUGACGCACUGGACUUGCAGUUGCACUGUCUUCAGCUUGUGAGAGCACUUAGAGAAGCCGACUUUUCGUUGUACGUCAAAGCCAUAAAGCUGAUUCUACCAUGGAUGUUUGCAUUGGACCAUCCCAACUAUGCUCGCUGGUUGUCUGUGCACUACCGGGAUAUGUGUGAGCUCUCAACCAAACAUCCAGAUGUGUAUACACAGUUCAUGAAUGGCAAUUUCGUAGUUCACAAGACCAAAAGUUUGUUUUCUGCAAUAGCCCUGGAUCAUGCGCAUGAACAGGUCAAUGCUGGUGUGAAAGGUGAAGGAGGUGCGGUAGGGCUUACUGAAAAUCCUGCAGCACUUCGUAGGUGGAUGGUCGCGGGGCCUGAGCUGUCAAGAAUGAUAGAAGAGUUUGAAGGCAGUGUAUCUUCCGCUGUUGUUCAUGGACACCACGAGCAAAAUCCAGGAUUCCAGAACACAUUUGCAACAGAUGUUCUUCAUUUAGUAGCUUCCUUUGAAGAACUUGGAAAUCCGUUUUCUGAAGAAGGUGAGGAGCUCAUGGCAAUCCAUUCAAAGGAAAUCAUGGACAGCUCUGUUGUGAACACUGUGCGAAAUGCGAGAAAGAUUGGCGAGGAGCAGUUUAAAACGUUUUAUGAAGGAAAGACUCGUUGA